AUGGGGAUGGGAAGCGGUAAAAUUGUUGAUUUGAAUGUUUUUGGUCCAUCCGGAGUAAAAGCCACUGUUUUCCCCAGGCUCCAGCUACAUAACGGCUCCCCAGUUUCGUAUGAUAAGAGCGAUCCACCCUCGCGAGGGCACAGCUCUUCUUUGAUGUGUAGGGCAGGGAGGGAGACCCGGUUCUUUUCUUCCAGGGUGCUCUGUCAAGAUUACAUAUCAAUGUAUAAACUUCAUGUCCCCUCUUUUCGCCACCGUAUAUAUACAGUAACGAGGUUCCGACUCGGAGGCAUUGCAGGUUAA